AUGUCUUCAUCGUUUUUUUUGAAAGGCAAAUCAAGACAAGUGUUUAAAAGAAAAGGUGAGAAAAUUAACAAAACGAAACAUAAAAAACAAAUCGCGCCUAACCUAGAAAAUGGUCAAGAAUCUUCCGAUAGUGAAUUGGAUAUUAAGAAAUUUUCUGAUGGAGAAGAGUCAGAAAGCGAUCAUGAAACAGCAGAGGAAAAGAAGUUAAGAUUAGCCAAAAAGUAUUUGGAAGAAAUUGAAAAAGAAGAAGCAAAAAGAGCAGAGUUGAAGGAAUUAGACGAUGCUAUUGAAAAACGAUUACAGAAAGAUUAUUUGGAACAGAAGGGUAAAUUACGUGUUGAUGUCGCAGAUAGUUAUACUGUGCCAUCUGAAAGCGAUUGUAGGUUGAUUCGAGCAAAAGAACAUCGUUUAUCAUUGACAUGUGUUUGCGUUAGUCUUGAUGGCCAGUUGGCAUUCACCGGUUGCAAAUCAGGUUGCGUUAUUAAGUGGGGUAUUAAAGAAAAGAGAAAAUUAGGCUGUCUAACAUUUAAAACACAUUCCAUUUAUUUUAAAGGAUGUGUUACCUCAAUAGCAGUGUCAUCAGACUUGAAGUUUUUAGCAACAUCAGAUGAAUCAAACAGCAUAAAUAUAUGGGAUCCUCACUCAAUGAAACACGUACACACAUUCAAAGGACAUAAAGACAUUGUUACUGGGCUUGUUUUUAGAAGGAAUACACAUGAUUUAUAUUCAGCUAGUAAAGACAGAUCAAUUAAAAUAUGGUCAUUAGAUGAAAUGGCAUAUGUAGAAACCUUGUUUGGUCAUCAAUCUUCUAUAACUGCAAUUGAUGCUUUAACGAGAGAGAGGGCAAUCACAGCAGGAGGUCGGGACACUACAGUCAGAAUAUGGAAAAUAGUCGAGGAAUCACAACUUAUUUUCAAUGGACCUAUAGGAAGUUUGGAUGAAGUUAAACUUCUGGAUGAAGAACAUUUUGUAUCUGGUAGCGAUAAUGGCUCACUUUGUGUUUGGAGUGUUUUGAAAAAGAAACCACUCUGUACUGUGACAGAAGCUCAUGGUUCAGAGAAUAAUGUUCCCAGGUGGAUUAUUAGUUUAGCAACACUUUUAAAUUCUGAUGUGUUUGCAUCAGGUUCAUAUGACAAUAAUAUCAGAUUAUGGAAAGUGUAUGAAGCAUAUAGAAAAAUAAUGCCUAUGUUUAGUAUACAAGCAUAUGGUUUCAUAAAUUGUAUGCAAUUUACUAAAGAUGGUACACAGCUGUAUGCAGCAGUGGGUCAGGAACAUAAAUCUGGUAGAUGGUUCAAAGAAAACACUGCCAAGAAUGGAUUAUUAAUAGUAAACUUUAGUCUAAAAUCUUGA